CACAAAAACCCUGCUUCAAAACAUCACGUUCAGUUUCGUUUUCUAUUCAAAGCCUUAUCUCUCCUUCCGCAAAGAGUUGUAAUAGCCCACACGUUAUUCUUCCCUUCAGCUUUCUUUACAAAUAUACCGUUCAGAUCAGGAAUCGAGGCACUUUUACAGCUUAUACUACAUUGGAUUAUCAAAGACUUGUGUCCACCAUUUUGUAAUAGUUCUCGUUGAAGUAAAGAGAUGUGAAAAGGAAGCCAACUUCACUUUACUUGCUUAAAGAUCGAUCACUCAAGAUGUCUUUGACUAUGAAUGCUAUGUCUACAAGUCCUAAAAGCAGCCUGUCUGAUACAGACGACUUUGUAAUGGUCUCUAACAGUCCGCCUCCUUCCACUUCUGUAGAAGUCUUGAAAGAAAGUUUAGAGCAAAAGGAAUACGGCGAGCAACCUUCAAGCGAUCUUCUUCCGAAGGCUGUCUCAGAAAAGCCUAAAGAUAACGAGAUACUUGAAAAAUUUGUCGCUCUUGCAAAAGAAAACGAAGAAUUGAGAGAGACUCUAAAACACAACAACAACACCCUUCAGAAACACAUCAAUGAAUUUGCUGAAAUGCAAGACCAAUACAAACAAAACAAUGAAACUAUCAAGAAAGAGCACCAGAAAGCAAAAGAGGUAGUUACAAAACUCAGAAAUGAAAACAAAUCCUUAAAGGAACAACUGAAAUCACUGGAUAUUGAAAAUGGCGAAAUCUUGAAGAAAGAGAAAGAACUGGGAAUAGAAAAGGAGAACGCUUUUCUGAGACAGCAGAUAAACACGCUCAAGGGACAGAUAUCACAGAUUGAUAACCAAAUCGAGGAAAAUCAGUUUACAGAAGUAGCUGUAGAGAAUUGGCAUCAACUUCUUGGCUCCAUUGCUUCUUAUGAGUAUCAGACAGGAACAUUGUUUCAUGGCAUAGAAAAACAACAUGAAUCAAGCAGUGAAGUAAGUAGUGAGGACAUAAGUAGCCAGAAAGAUGGCUAUUCUCAGUUGGAGGCUGUGAAGGUUGACUUGGAUAAGUUGAAAGACGAGAAGGACCACAUGGAAAAGCAGCUGCUAGAGAUGUUGGAAAUAAACAAGAAACUACAAACAAGGUCUGAACAUGCUAAGGAAGAGAAGGAGGAGUUACAGAAGAUGUUAAAUGAAAGGUUAGAGAAGGAUGCAGAAAGAGGUAAUGAGCAACAGGAGCUCAAAGAAAUGGUACACAACCUGAAUGCCAAGGUCGAGAGCUUGAAUGAGGAGCUACAAAAGAAAACCCAGGAAAUGUCAGAGGCAGAAAAAGAAAAUAAGAGAUUAGCAGCAGAAUGUGAAGUACGAUUUCAAAAGGAGGAAGAGCUGAAGCAAAAGCUGAGAGAAAUGGAAAUUGAAAUGUUAAAGAAAGCUGAUGAAGAUGACAGUGUCAGCAAGGAGAAGUUUGAAAUGAUAAAAAUGCAGUAUAUCAAAUAUCAAGGACAAGUGGAUAAAUUGGAAAAUGAGAAAAAAGAGCUGCAAGAUAAAUUGAAGCCUUCAGAAGAGCAGAAAAACAAACUGCAAGAAGAGCUGGACAAUGUGAAAAAGUUAAUUAAUAUUCAGGACAAAGAAAUGGCAGAAGAGAAGCUGCUUGAAUUCAGAAAGCUAAUGGAAGAGGAAUUAGAAUCUCGUUCAGAAACAUACAGAGAAAAGCUAAUUCAGUUGCACUCAGAGCUGGAAGAAGGAAGGAAUAGAGAAGAGCAUAACUUGAAGCAACUCGAAAAUCUGCAAUCAGAGGUUGAGGAAGGGAAAAGGAGAGAAGUGAUGCUUCAAGAAAGGCUGGAAACCUUUCAAACUACACUGGAAGAGAAAGAGUCCAUGGUAGAGAGCCUACAAGAUCAAGUCUGUCAUUUGAUAGAGGAAAAUGAAUCAUUCAAGGUCAAAAAUGAUAAACUGACAGAGAUAAAUGCAAGAAGAGAUAAACUGUAUGAGGGGAGAAUGAAAAACAUGGAAAAGGAAGGCUACAAUAGAGAAAAAGAGAUGUUAAGUCUUAUUGACAUGUUGAAGACUGAGAUUGGAUCAUUAAAGGAGGAAAACAAGAAAUACUUGGAACAACGCCAGAUGUCCAGGAAGGAAAUGGAAAGAUUGGAAACCCAAUAUGAGUCACUGUUGAAAGAAUAUGAUGAGUUAUUCAAUUUAUAUAAUGGAACUCUUGAAGAAUCCAGGAGUAAGCGCAGUGAUGCUUCAGCAGAGAUUGAUACUUACAAGAGGCAGAUAGAUUUCCUAUCUGCAGAACGAUCAUGUUUUGAGGAAGCCUUGCACAAGAAAGACUUUCAAAUACAAGAGAUGGAGGAAGAUCUUCAGGAGUUACAAAGCUGUAAGGAGAGGGUUUCUGUUCUGGAACAGCAGUUGGAAGUUUACCGCAAUGACUUCCAAGCAGAACGCGAAUCUCGUGAAAGACAACACGAGGAGUACGAAAGAGUAAGAAUGGAGAACGAGGACCUACAACGCGAGCUUGACAACUUAGCAAAUAACCAAAUGGCAGAAAUGCAGCGACGUCACGGCAGUCACGUGCCUCAUCAUUCCGUGAUAGGAUUGGUCAACCAGCAGCCAUUCAGAAAUGGCUUUUAUAGGCGUGGUGGUGAACCCGAUCCAAGAGGGGGUUUUGAGUCAGGCGGAGGUAGAAAUGCACCUGGCCAGGGAACCCCUGACGAACAAUCUGAAGAUCCAUACCAGUGUCAUGGAUGUCGAAAGAAUUUUGUUCGCUUCAGUGAACUACAAACUCACGUGAGGGAAUGUCCAGCGGCUCUCCAUGGCAACGGCCCUCCUCAGGCAGGAGUGGGAAACUCUCAGCCAUAUUGCCCAAAGUGUGGUAAUGAGUUCCCUGAUCUUGACACGCUUCAGAUCCACGUUUUGGAGUGUUUGGACACAGAAUGACUGGACCAUUAAGGGCUGCAGAAGGUGGCUGUAUCU